AUGGUGAGAGGCUGUGUACACGAGCGAUGCACAGGCUGGGAUGACUUGCACACCUAUGUGGUUCGUGAGCUGGAGAUGAGUGCGGGUGAAAGGGGCUGUGCUUUGUCGCAUAUCCGAGCGUGGCGCCGGUGUGUCGACAAGCGUCAGCCCUUGCUCGUCAUAGAGGACGACGCGGUACCAACGAAGGACUUUACGGAGGUCUUGAAGCAAGCAUUGACAAGCUUGCCAAGAGAUGCGGACGUGCUGUAUCUGGGCUAUUCUCAGGCUGCAGAGUGGCGGAGGCAAAGCUCCCACCUGGCAGAGGCGGAGUACGUUUGGACCACCGUCGCGUACAUGGUUUGGCCAGAAGGUGCUCGAAAGCUUCUGUCCAAGCUCCCAGUGAACCAGCCAGUGGACAACUUUAUGGCCACACUUUGCGCAGAUGGAGACAUCAAGGCGUACUGCACACUCCCGAAGAUUGUGCACCAAGCCGAUGGCUGGAAUGUCAAGUCCGAUGUGGGCCAUUCAGACGAGGCUCCAGCACCCGGUGUGGUGACAUCUGAUGUCUUUCACACUGACGACAAGUACUGGGGCUGCGGCCCAGCCAAUCCGCACUUCGUGUGUAGCUUCGGCUUUGGGUCCUCGGACAUCGUCAAGUCGGAUGACCGCUACUGGGGGUAGAAGAGCUUGUGCCCUACAACUGGGGUGUUGAGGGCCUCUGCCCACAGCCACGCGCCGUAGAGCCUUUUGGUUGCUCACUUUCUUACGGAGCUAUUGAAACAUAUUGGCAUCUAGGGC